GAACGUUUCUUCAUUCCUUCCGAAAAUAGACACAUUAAUAGAAAAAACAAACACUUUUUAAAAAGUAACCACCGAGAAAAUCCCCGUGAAGCACUAUGGAAUACUUCAACAUCUCUGUAGAAAGUGCCGUGAGCCUGUAUGACGACUUGAUGGACAAAGGGGACCCCAGGACGGAAGAUUGGCUGUUUAUCUCCACCCCCCUCCCCGCCAUCACCAUGAUGUUGACCUACAUCCUGGUCUCUCUGAUCGGCCCUCACGUGAUGAAAGACCGGAAGCCUCUGAAUCUGGGUCAUCUGCUAACUGCAUACAACUUCCUGUUGGUGGGGAUGUCGUCGUAUAUGACAUAUGAGUUCUUCAUGAGUGCAUACCUAGCCGGGUACAGUGUGGGAUGCCAAAAUGUGGACUACUCCAACAGUCCACUAGCCCUGCGGAUGGCGAGUGUGUGCUGGGUGUACUAUAUAUCCAAGUAUAUCGAGACAGCAGACACACGUUUUUCCACGCGUUAAUCAACAGUUUCGUGCAUGUGGUGAUGUACUCCUACUACGGCCUGUCUGCGCUGGGGCCCGCUGUGCAGCCCUAUCUGUGGUGGAAGAAGUACGUGACGGUGAUACAAGUGGUCCAGUUCACGGCCGUAGUGAUCCAUUCCGUCCACUUUGUCUUUCGCUGUGACUUCCCCCUCGGCCUCAGCCUUCUGUCUCUCCUCUAUGCCGUCAUCAUGAUCAGCCUGUUCCUCAACUACUACCACAAGGAGCACGUCGUUCGCGCCAAAGCCAGGCAGCUACGCAAGCAAAAACUGGAGCAAGAGCUGCAGCAGGGGACACAGGCGAAGGGCAUCACUAGACAAGAUGGCAACGGGCAUUCCGUGACGUCAUCAGAUCGUAUAGCGACCAACGGAAAUCUUCAUGGCAGUAAUGAGGUCACCAGGCGGAAAGUCAGAGACGAAAGCUAGAGUUUAGUGUUAAGAUAAGUAAAAUGUGAACGAAACGUAGGGACGAGAAUUUGUGAAUGAAAUGUUGCUAGUAGACAAGAUUAGAUUAGAUAUGAAUGAAAAAUAAUAUAGGGGUCGUGUAGUCUCCUAUCUGUUUAACUUCAUAUUAUUUUUAGCAACCUAAAUCUGUCCUGCUACUGCUGACAGUAGGAUACAACGAUCAGAAGUAUCACAGUCAGUAUUAUCAGAAUCAAACUUUCGAACGAAAUGUUGGGACGUGUAUAGACUAAUUGUGAAUGGAUUAAUGUUGCUACUAGAAUAAACUAGAUUAGAGGUGAAUACAUAUAUAGGAGUCGCUUAGUUCUCCCAACUGUUUUACUUCAUAUUAUUUUUAGUAACCUAAAUCUAUCCUACCGCAGCUGACAGAAGGGUACAACGAUCAAAAGUAUCAAAGUCAGUAUUAUCAGAAUCAAAAGUAUCACAAUUUAUAAUCUCAAAAUCUAAAGUAUCCCAGUCAGUAGUAUCCGAAUCAAAAGUAUCAAGAUCCGUGGUAUCAAAAUCAAAAGUAUCAAAAUCAGAGGCAUCACGGUCGCAAUCAAAAGUAUUAGAAUAAUUAUCGAUAGUGUCACAAUAACAAGUUUUAUUAGAGGUAUCACAAUAAGAAGUAUCCGAAUAACAAGUAUCCCGAUCAGAGGUAGAUCUAUCACAAUCAAUGAUAUCAGAACCAGAGGCAUUACGACAGCUCUGAGUAUAAAAUCUCAGAGAGAAACGCAGGACAGUUACAGCCGCCCCACUUGUGAGACAAAUGAAAAGUUGGCCAUCUGGGUGUCAAAAACGUCCGAUCUGUGACUCAUCUGUCACCGAGAUAAAAUGAGCAAAUUUGUUUAUUUUUUGUUAAUUUAUUUGGUUGUGUGUUUUUUGUUUGUUUGUUUGUUUGUGUGUUCAAGGCACGGAUGUUUAGGCAUAUUAAACAUAGGUAAAAAGAAUUUCGGUUGUAUCCAAGUUAUGUUUCAGGUAAACUUAAAAUUUUAAUAAUGAACAGUAAAUAACAUGUGCAUAGCUCAUACCCCUGCUUGACAGCAAGCUCUUUGUGCUUUACACUAUAUUAGUGUAAAACGCAAAGAAUAAUAGGCCUAUCUUCUAAUAGUGAACAAACAAUAUAUUACCCCAGCAGACCCUAGAACGCCCAGAAACAUUCUCGGCUUCCCGGGAAGCAAAUAGAAUCUAGUGCAACUAGCUGAUUAAGUAAGCUCUUGAAUACAAGCAAACUGACAUCAUAAUGUUAAGAUGGAAGUGGGCAUACCUUUGUCUGUUCAUAUAACAUCAAAUGCUCACAGAUGCCCCGAGCUGCCCCUAUCGUUAGAACACCGGAGUUUGUUUUGCUUUUUUUCUUUUGUGAAAUUUUUUCAUCAAAUGUUGGAUGGAACCACAUUGAAAGAGGAAUGAAUGCCCUCAAAUAGCCCAUCUAGUUCCUGUUGGAUGUUUUGAUCAGAGCUAUACAUGGUGUGACGACAGGCUCAAGAAUAUUGACUAAACAGUGCUCUGCCUUGGAACAUGAAUCGUCGUCAAAAGGACUGGAGUGAUUCAAGUAUGCUUUCAUGUGGACAUUUUGUUGUUAUAUAAAAUUCAUUUAUUUAUUCAUAUUUUUAUUUUUUCUGACAUUCUCAGUAACAGAAGUUUGGAAGUGAAUUAAAAAAUAAAGAAUAUCAAACUAUAGAAGUCACAGGCAAACA